AGGAGGAGGAGGAGGAGGAGGAGGAGGGAGGACCCGCUGACGGAGCUGCGUGCGCAGCUUCAGUCUGGAGUCGCUACGACUGGACCGCAAUGAGGAGAUAAAUAGAAGCGUUAUCUUAUUUAUUUUGAGGUCUACAGCUCUCAUUCAUUGAUACCUGGGAGAGGACAGCGGGUUUGGAGAGCUGCUGGUCCGCUCGUGUGUUUGAAAGGGCUGCCCAGAAGAAUAAUGGAUGAGAGCUGUCACUAGCACUUGAUGAAGAUUUGGAUUGACUCUUUGAACUGAACUAUGGAGGGCAGCGAUGAUGUGUCAGUAAACAUGACACAGUCCCAGACCGAUGUGUGCAGCGCUGAGGUGGGAGGAGGAGGAGAAAUGCCCAGUAAAGUGGACGGCGGAGUGAAUCCACCCACUCCUGCCGAUUCCUGUGGCAGCGGCGCGACGGGACUGAGCAAAGGAGGACUGUCCAACCUGGUGGAGCCUCCUGCACCGUCAGUGGUGAGUCCUGCUGCUGAAUCUCCAGGAGGCGUGGCGCUUAAAGUCGCCACGACUGUACUACACCCGGUGUGCCUGGGUGAGAGCCCGCUGAUGUUGCCCAUCCACCUCCAGAUGGCCGGAGCGGCCGGGCCUCAGCUCGGCCAAAUGGGGGCAGCGCCGUACUUGAUAACAAGCCAAAGUCCUGUUUCGCUUCCCCUGGUCUUGGAUCAGCAGGUCAUCCAGCACAUGAGUCCCUCGGUGAUCCCGCAGACCGCUAACUGCACUCAGCUGCCGCUCCAGAACAACGUCUUGUGUCCGAACCCGUUGGCGUUUGGUUUGCCUCCAGCCGACCAGAAGUCAGCGGGGCAGACGCAGGAUCCUAACCUGCUCUCUCUCCUCCAGAAUCCGGCUUUUGCGGCCAUCUUGCAGGAUCUCUUCCCUCCCCAGUCCGGUUCAUCAACCUGUCAGUCUCCAGGCUCUACUUUCUUCCCGCUUCCUCCCCUCACGCCUCCUUACACCUCCCCUCUAGCCCCGUUGGUCCCCCCGGCCACUCUUCUAGUUCCUUAUCCUGUCAUCAUCCCCCUGCCAGUGCCUCUGCCCAUCCCUCUUCCCAUCCCCAUCCCAGUCCCUCAGACCGAGGACUCAAAGGGGAACAUGCCAAAACCAGUUUGCACUGUGAGUAAAAGCACUCAGACUUCUUCAAAAGAUACUACCUCUCCUUCGCUGUCUUCGAGCAGAUGCGUGUCGUCGUCCCAGAUGCAAAACGUGUCCCCGCCCUUGCUUCCUCUGGAUGACGGACAAGCUCUGGACCUUUCUGUCAGAACAUGUCCUGUUGAACUUAAACAGGAAUAUCCCAGUCCGCAGCAGGACAGUGUGCUGGACUUAUCAGUGCCUGGUGUGAGGAAAAAGUGUGUUCAGUUGGACAGAGAGGUAGCUUUUCAUUCUGGUCCAGAUAGCGGUGGUACUUCUUUGUCCCUCGGGGUCGAAUGCACUCAGAGUUUAGACUCCAAACUCCUGGGCAGUCUGGCUUCACUCGAGUUCAGCCGGCAGCACAAGUGGGUGGUUGAUAGCACUGCUGGUGGGUCUAGUUCUCGUGGUCAGGAGGCGUCUCUCAGCGGAGCCGGAAACCUUGAGAUAGUCAGCACCUCGCAGACGGCCAAGGUCAUCGUGUCGGUGAAAGACGCCAUCCCUGCCAUCCUCUGCGGGAAGAUAAAAGGCCUUUCAGGAGUCUCCACCAAGAACUUUUCCAUUAAACGGGACGGCAGCCCGGGGGCGUCUCUGCAGCAGCUCUACGGAGUGCCGUCGGCGUCUCAGGGGGAUCAGCAUGACCCCAACAACCCGCUUAAAAAGGUCUCCAAGAACAGAGCCAUCAAACUGAAGAAGGUCAGCUCACAGGAGAUCCAUUUCCUCCCCAUGAAGAAGCAGAGACUCGCAGCGCUGCUACCCAGGAAGUGAACGUGCUCAGCCAAGAGGGGGGGUUAAUAGCCGGACCGCUCUCUGGUAAUCCCUCCAGGGCAUGUAACAUAAAACACAUGUGGGGACAUUCUCUAAUCAAACGCGUACACUUAAAUGUCCAAUCAAAGCUCAGAGUCCGGCUGCAUGCUGUACAGCGAGGCUCGUGAAUGUCUGACAGUGUGGCACAGUAGUUACAGAAAUGGUUUCCAUCGGACUUUGUUUUAUUGUCAUGCACUUCUUGACAGCGCUAUGCUAAAAACCAGAAAUGUUUGUGUGUACGGCAGCUUAAUGGGCUCUCCAUGUGGCUUUGGAGUUUGUCUUUAUGAAUCGGAAUAUGUCGAAGAACAUUUCUUGACUUUUAUAAUUACAGCAAAGACACAUGGGAUCCAUUUUUCCAUUUUGGAUCAACGGUUUGUUUCCACAUGUAACUUUUUUUUUUUUUAAUUUAAGUGCACUGAAGAAAAACUGUUCACAGCAGAGCAGUAUGUACUGGCAGGAACGUGACCGAGACUGUUAUAAAACAUGUCCCAUCGUCGGAAAUUCCCAUAGUCAUCAGUCGCUCAGUGGAGCGAUUCAUUCUCUUCUGAUUGGUAAGCAUGACAGGCUAAUAAUGACUUGGCAAACGGCAAAAUUUCAUUAUAAUGAAUGUUGGCAACGGCCGUCUGUCGCGACAGAAUACAUUCUUAUUUCGUUUAACGGCUUAAUUGUUUUCACAUUGAAACAGGCCUGUCCAAGUAUGAAGGAAAGUUUUUGGGUUUUUUUUGGUUCUUCGGAAAUACAAACCAAAGCUGAGAAAACACUUCAGAACAAGUGUAUAAAACAUCAGAACCCGCUGCUGUUUCCAUUAACAGACUAAUGAAGGUUUGAUUUCAUCUGUUUAAACAAGUGAAAAUGUGAAUUUAACCGAAGAUGACGGCCGGAUUAAAGAACUCGGAGAGAGAAAAUACUGUUUGUAUAUUUGUGAAGUGUGUUAUUAGUCUGUUAUUAGAAGCAGUAUUGGUAAGAUCCCCCCCCCAACUCUAUCUAUCUAUUUAUCAACCUUGUCGGUGUAAAACAUUAGUCCCCCAGUGGUUUGGUAUCAUUUUUAUUGUGUUUGUGGAGCAUGGUAUUAUUUUCUGUCCCCUGAUCAGAGUUGUGAAUGUGGGAGUAUCGUUGUGUGUCUGUUUAUUUAUCCUGUCGAGUGCACUUUGUCAUAGUUUAGUUUAUAAAAAACAAAAAAAUAAAAACAUUUCAGGGUGUUACUACCUAUCCUGCUAAAUAAAACUGUGUUGCCCCUUUGUGAUUAUAGCAUUUAUGAAACCUGUGAAUUAAAAGGCCAAGGACUAUUAACAGCCACAGACUGCCUGGACGAACAAAGGA